ACAGGCACUCUGUUUUUUGUACAGAUCUGAAGGAAAGCGUGCGUUUGUUCCACUGCUCUCACCAACCACAUUUUGCCGCCGCCGCCGCCGCCGCCGCCGACGUGCUCCCACACUUUGCUUCAUUAAGGCCAAAAUGGUCGCCGCAGCCAUGUCUGCCGCUACCUGCAACCCCGGCAGCCACCUGAAACGAACCAUUUCCGUCACCAGGACCUCUCAAACGAAGCCAUUUUUCACAAACGUCUCCUUUCCGUCGAACUCCGCCGCCGGGAGGCCACUAACCGUCACGUGCUCAUCCACUACUCUCCAUACUUCCUCCACCACCUCCGCCGCCGCCGCCUCCUCAGAUCGCGUCUUCAACUUCGCCGCUGGCCCCGCCACGCUCCCCGAGAACGUCCUCCUCAAAGCCCAAUCGGAGCUCUACAACUGGAACGGCUCCGGCAUGUCCGUCAUGGAGAUGAGCCACCGCGGGAAGGAGUUCAUGUCCAUCAUCCAGAAAGCCGAAUCGGAUCUCCGAUCGCUCCUCAACAUCCCGCCGGAUUACUCCGUCCUCUUCCUCCAGGGCGGCGCCACCACCCAAUUCGCCGCCGUCCCUCUCAAUCUCUGCAGCCCCGACGACGCCGUCGAUUACGUCGUCACCGGAUCCUGGGGCGACAAGGCCUUCAAAGAAGCCUCCAAGUUCUGCAACCCUAAAACCAUCUGGAGCGGCAAGUCCGACAAGUACACAACAAUUCCCAAAUUCGAAACCCUAGAUCACAACCCAAACGCCAAAUAUCUCCACAUUUGCGCCAACGAAACAAUCCACGGCGUCGAAUUCAAGGACUACCCCACCCCCGCCGGCGACGCCCUCCUCGUCGCCGACAUGUCGUCCAAUUUCUGCUCCAAACCCGUCGACGUCACUAAAUUCGGUCUGAUCUACGCCGGCGCACAGAAAAACGUCGGCCCCUCCGGCGUCACAAUCGUGAUCGUCCGAUCUGAUCUGGUCGGGAACGCGCAGCCAGCAACGCCAGUCUAUCUGGACUACAAGAUCCACGUGGACAACAGUUCCCUGUACAACACCCCCCCAUGCUUCGGCAUUUACAUGUGCGGGCUGGUCUUCGAUGACCUGCUCGCACAGGGCGGCCUGGCGGAGGUGGAGAAGAAGAACGAGAAGAAGGCUGGGAUUCUGUACGACGCCAUUGAUGGGAGCAAAGGGUUCUACAGGUGCCCUGUGGGGAAGACGGUGAGGUCACUGAUGAAUGUGCCCUUUACCCUGUUGAAGCCGGACCUGGAGGCGGAGUUCAUUAAGGAGGCCGCUAAGGAGAAAAUGGUGCAGCUGAAGGGACACCGAUCGGUCGGCGGAAUGAGGGCUUCAAUUUACAACGCAAUGCCGCUGGCCGGAGUGGAGAAGCUAGUGAGUUUCAUGAAGGAUUUCCAGGCGAGGCACGAUCACUGAAUUGAGGUUUCAGAAUAUGGUAUACUUUCUUGCUUCUCGAUGUGCUGUUUUGUUUCUUGAAUUGAGUUGAGUUUAGUUUAGUUUUGUUUUUUCUUGUGGCAUUGUUCUUGGUUGGUUUUGCAAGAGUACUUGCUGUAUGUAUGCAUGCAUUGUUGGUUUUGAUCGAGGGAUGUUUAGCUGAGUGGUAGGAGGCGAUGGUUUGGUCUUUUUGGCCUUAAUUAGUUUGAGUUUACAAAUAAACGAUUCAAGAGUUUUAUGCUUCCCUUAUACAUCAUUGUUCUUGAAAUGCUUUUCGAUGUUGCUGUGCUGUUGAUAUCAAUAAGAGUUUUAAGUAU